AUGCAGCGGAGGAUAGCGGCCGUUUGUAUCGCUUUCGCCUUUGCUGCGGUAGUUACAUUGACCAAGUCUACAAACGUCAGUGUUAUACAACAGUCAUUUUCAGUCACAAUCUCAGACUUCAAUCUUCUUUGUAUUUCUUUAAUUUAAGGUUGGAAAUUUUUCGUUGAUUUAUUCUCAAACAGGUAUUGAAAAGAGACAACUAUGAACACGCUCACUAUGGAAACUUCAAGGGGUUCUUCAACUACGCACUGAAUAUUUCCAACAGGCUGGUCUCACUUAACGUUAAGAAUUUUGCGGAGUGUUCCCUAGAGUGCAUCAUCAAUGCGGCGUGCUAUUCAUUUAAUAUAGCCAUUUGGCCUUUGAGGAACUCGAACAGAUUUGCAUGCCAUCUGCUGGCCUCAGACAAAUAUAACCAUUCCAGUAAAUUUGUUCCAAGUCAGGAAUUUCAUCACUACGCCUUUGUAGUAAGUUUCAAUUCACAGUGCCUUGCCAUGCUUUUCGAGUUACAGUCGACUUCCGAUAACUCGAACCUUCAAGGAAAAUCUAAAAAAGGUUCGAGUUAUCGGGAGUUCGAAGAAAAUAGCCGAGAGUAAGGUAAAAAACAGUUUUUACUGCACAGUGAACAUUUUAAUCAUAUUUAAUUGUAGAAAUGUCUAGUGAAAAUUAAAAGAUACUUUUAGGUUAUAAAUCAGAACGUAACGUAACAAAACAUAGCCUAAACAGAGCAUGCGUUUUACUGUUUUGAGAAGAAAACCUGCUUCACGUUAGCCUGUGACAAUCAACAUCAGCUUCCACUAGUAAACUAUACUCCUACAACACCUCAAUAGGAAAUCCAAAAUUCAAUGUUUCGGACGCAAGUAGACGGCUUUUUUCCCGACUUUUUAAGGGAUCAAAACAUGGUUCGAGUUAUCGAGGGUAAAAUUAUAUAGAAAAUGACCUAAGGGGAAACGAAAAUUGGUUCGAGUCAGAGCGGGAGUUCGAGUUAUCGAGGGUUCGAGUUACCGAGGGUAAAAUUACAGUGAAUGUAUGACGGAAAUCCAGGGAAAAUCUAUUUUGGUUCGAGUUAGCGCGAGGUUCGAGUUAGCGAGGGUUCGAGUUACCGGGAGUCGACUGUAUUUGUAGAUCACCGGCACGUCGCUAGAGUGUAGUUCCAGGGACAAGGUAAUCAUUUAGCUUAAAAGUACUGUUAAAAAGGCUCUUGUAAAAUCUUUUCUUUCAGCAGAUUUCAAAAACACCAAGUCAGUCACUUUUUCAAUUUACAAUAAGCGACAGUUGAAGUGCGUUUUGUCCCUUUUAUCACAAGGUUGGAGCUGAUGUAGUGCUUGACUCGAAUCGAACUGAAGCUCAUUUCAACUGGCAUCAGAAGAUACCUUUGUGUGGCAAAGAAUUUUGUUUUAUGUUUUGCCGCUGAAAGAGUCGGAUUCUUUCUUAUUAGUUGGGAUGUGCUCCUGAUACUUUUUUGCGAUCAUAACCUUUAGUGAAAUCCUUCUUUACCAGGACCUUAUGCUUAAACUUACAGCGUCAUCCUCAGUGCCUACAGAAAAAAAAAACUCUUGACGUUUAUUCUUAAAUCAUUUAUAGUACAGUUCCAACGCAAUGUCCGAGUUGUUGAAAAUCUAUACACAAGUCAGUGAAGGUCAAAGUAACUGGAAGGCAAAAUUCAAAACUGCAAACAUCCAGUUGUACAUCAAACUUUAAAGUGUUUGUGUUCUUAAUUUUGGAAUUCGGUAGUGAUAGACCAUGCAGCGUAAGUUAGCGUACUGGAGGUUGCAUUUUUCGCGGAUCACUAAAUAAAAUGAAAGCAUGUGUCCAGAAAAUAAUUUGCUGCAAGUUUGGGCUUUAGAAAAUGUACUUGAACUAACAAGGAAAUUGUUCACAAAGAUCGCAUUUGGUUUUAUCGCAUUUGAAACAACCCCGCAGGUGCUGGUGCAUCGCUGGCUAUUGGAGAAUCCUUCCUGCCCUUGGAAGUUGCUGAGAUUUUUUCAAGAAUUUUCGUUCUUCGAUAAGUAGAAACAAUAGAAAUAAUGUCAUUUGGUAGGAAAGGCUCUUUUAGUUUGGAGGGCGUCUUCAAAACGUAUAUUAACCCCUUUGGCUAAGGGUAAAUUAGAAUAAGGGUUAUUUAUAAAUUUGUAUAUUAGCAUGAUAUACUUUAGGAUAUAAAGUGCGGUGAUAUCUUCCAAGCAUUUUUAAUAUCCCAAUCACUUUUCCACAGAGUCCUUGUGAAAACUCUCCAUGCAAAAAUAAUGGAAAAUGUGUGUCUCUGUACAAGGAAAACAGUUAUGUGUGCCUCUGCAGCGAUGGGUUCUUUGGAAUUAACUGUGAGAAAGGUAAGAUGACAAAACACAUCCUUAAAGCUUCCUUAGCAACUUAAUUCGCCUAGUCAUGGAAAGACAAACCCGCUCAGAUGAGUUCUCUCAGUCAGUAUUCAGUCAUCACCUGUUUACAGGCAAACUUAUUAAUAUAUAAUUAAUAUCAACCUCAUACGGAAAACUCCAUGAUGUAGGUUGCCACAACACGUCUUAACAUUCAAUAUUAGGGAGCUUAAGGAACGACGACGACGAUGGCAACAAGAACGGCAAAAAAGCAAUAGGUUUAGAUUUGCAAAACAACAACUUUGCACGUGCAUCACGCUUUAUUGUACCUUUCUUUGCCGUCGUUGCACGACUACGACGUGAGACUGUCUAAUUUCACGUUUUGUAGAGGACGUGAACACAAGACAACGACUUUCUUUUCCUUUUUCUGAACUUUGAUACAGUCUUUUAGAAUUCAACUCCAGAAAAAUUCGGCAACAUUUCACGAAUUGAACGAGAUGGAAUACGCGCUGUAAAGUUUGAAGCACCACGAAUUCACUUUUUAAGUGACGUUUUCGUAGCCGUCGUUGUUGUUGCUUAAGCUCCCUAUUGUAAUUCAUGUUAACCGUCGUGCAGAGGCCCCAUUCAUCAGUAACAGAUCUCUUGGCGCUUUCAUUUUCUCUUUCCAGGCGUCCCGGGUAUUAAAGUUCACCCGGGUUGCAGGUUGUGACGAAGACCUCGAAAACCCAGGACCUCAGGUCCCCCAAAACACACAGACUCCUGGGUGUCUCAAAACUCAUGAGACACCAGUUUUAGGGGCUCGUUUUUGUGGCAAGUCAGUGUGUAUAGAAUAUGCGCACUUGCCACGAUGGCCGAAUAGCCUUGGAAGGCUCGAUAAAUACUUCAGAUGUGACGUUAUGAGUGUAACUUUCUCAUCAGUCUGGGUUUCGCACGUAUUACAAGAGGUAAAUGUUGAUGGGGAAAACAAAUAUUCCUAACCAAAUCGAUAUUUAUGGUUCGUCUUGAACUGAGUCUUCAAGUUUUGAAGUAAUCGAGAAUCUCUUGCACAGCCGGGGUAUUCUCAUUUUUUUCAGUUUUCGAUAGGGAAACGAUUCAUUGCUAUUUAUAUUUUACGAUUAUUGAGUAUAUUAACAACUUUUUUUAUUGAAAAGAACCAAGAACCUGGGAAUUUUUGAUGACCUUGUUGCUUGUUUUUUUUCUUUUUCCUGCAAAUUGUAAACAGUCAAAGUUGUUCAGUGUAACGCAUAGGCGUACGGGCAAUUUUCGGCCAGGGGGGGCGGUAGACCAUUUGCCCAAAAAAUUCUUGCAAAUUGCCCAAAUUUUUACAAAACAGUCGAAAAGAAACAAGGGCCAUACGAUGCAACAACAUAGGCCCGCGUACUCGCAUACAAAAGUGCCUCAAUACAGGUUUUCAGGGUCAAUAUAUAACGGCCAAGUUUGAGCAUAAACUAUACGUUGCCAUAAACACACAUUUGGAAAAAUUGCCACCACAGUUGUAUUAGAUAAAGAUGAAAAUUUGUCAUGAUCAGGGUUGCAAUGACACCGGAGUUGUCAUAGCAACAAAAUGACGCCAUUACCUAUUAUACUCGCAGCAUUAUUUCUCAUUAUGAAGGUCUAUGAAAUCGUUCUCGGGAGCUUCCUCCAAUAGUCGCCUCGAUGUUCGUGAAGUUAAAACGGAAUCUGUAAGAGCGUUAUCGGGAUCUUUGGGAUAAAGUUUUUAUCGUUAGAAAUACAGUAAAACAAGGAAAAUCUUGAUGUUUAGCCGUUAUCUGUAGAAAACGAAGCGCUUUUGACAUGCAAUUUCACCUCAUAGUAGCUUCAAUCUUUUUCAAAAUGUGUGUGAGUUAUUUCUAUAGGUAAUACCAUGAUUUUUAGUGAUAUUUGGCAUAAACACCAUGAGUGAUAUAAUAGAGAUAAUAGACCUUUUUACCGAUACUGCAGCCAUAUUGAAUUAAUUCGAUUUAAGGAGUAUUAUAGGAUGCCCAGGGGGCAUGAGCACACUUCGUUUGUAUUUUCGAGCGCUUUUCGUAACAUUUUUUCUUAACGUUUUCUUAGAAUAAGAUUGUAAUGGGAAAAAAGAUCCUUGUGCAGUUAAUGAUCGCCUUUUACCCAAGAAAUAUACAGUGAAAGACCAUAUUUCUAAUACUAAACUGGAAAAAGGCGAUCAUUAUUACAUCCAAACACGGCACAAGGAUCUUUUUACCCAUUACAAUCUUAUUCUAAGACAACUUAAAGAAAAAAUGUCCCGAAAAGCGCUCGAAACUACAAACGAAAUGUGCUCAUGCCCCCUGGGCAUAAUACUCCUUAAAUCGAGUUAAUAUCAAUAUGGCCGCCGUAUUGGUAAAAAGGUCUAUUCUGGUCAAUUGCUAUAAAGAAGGAUUUGAUUAGUAUGUAUCAUGGCGCGCUUGUUAGCGGUUUUUGUAAACAUUUCGGUCUACUUUAACAAAUUAGUGAAUAAUUUGAACCACUUGAUAGAUUUUUUUUAAAAAAAUUAAGAUUCUUCUCGUAAUUCAAAGUGAGAAUUAGUCAGCCACUGCUUCACUUUCAGAUCAAUCGCUGACAGUAUCUGCCAUACACUGUUCUACGAGCGGAGAUGAUUCUAAAAAGUUAGGCGGAAGUUUAUUCUAAUCAAUUCACGAUUGGAAAUAGCCCAUGGCAGUACAGUGCCCAACAAUGAAAAAAAAACCUUCCCUCAUAAACAGAAACUCAUCACGUGCUUGGCAACCACUGUCUCGUGUGAAUGUAACUUGAUUAUUACGCCGACUUCAGGUUAAAAUAGAAAAUAUUUAUUUCUUCAAAAUAUUAAUAAAAAAAACAUGAAAACGUCUUUAAAAGCUGGCUUUGCCCAAAUUUUCUCUUGCUGCCCAAAAAAUCUGAGUUGCCCAAAAUUUGGGGGAGCUGCAGCCCCCCUCGCACCCCCGGCCCGUACGCCUAUGCUUUGUUUUCUUAUUUUAAGCGAGCAAUGGGUGUGGUAGCGAAGAAAAGUUCUGUUCUAGUCUUGGGACAUUUUACAUCUCUCAUUCUAAGCACAGCUACGUUAAACUUUGAUUAUAAGAACGUAUUUCAAGCGCUUUACUCCAUUACUCGAUUUUUGAGACAGACGCAUGAUGCGUGAUUCAGUGCCGGGCGCUUUCUUCUCUGCAGAGGCUCCCGCUGGGAAAAAAAUAAAGGUAGUGGUAAGUGCGCGGUGAACGAUGGGAAGAGGGAAAAGGCUCCUUUCCUUUCCAUUGUGGCUCCCUACGACUUUGCGGAGGAGAGAAUACUGGGCACUAGUUAAACUGAACUUCAGCAAAGAUGUAAGAGGAAUCAAUCCUCUCUUUGAUAAAAUAAAAAGCCAUGGGAAAAGGGUUAUCCCCCUAUUUUUCUUCUGUUUUAUUUUUUUCAGUCCACUGGAAGCAGAUGACAACUUCUCCAGUUUGUUUCGGAGCAUCAGCCGACUCUUUUGGACACUUUGUAACUCCAAUCGCAGGUGAUUUGCUAUCAUUCAAGCUUAUACAUCAAAGUGGAUCUGUGGAGUGCUCAGCAGGUCGGUCAUCACAUUGGGGUUGUACUCAUCCGGUUUUGCCUCAAGAUCACCAACUUGGAACCAUCAUAACCAGUUCCCUGAGUGAACGACUUCUCCCAAAAGAUGAUUUUUUUCUGGAAGGAAUAGAUUGCCACAAUACCUUUUACGGCCUUCCAGGUCAAACUGCUGACUCACCAGAGCUGCUGUUUGAUAAUUUUUCCACUCCUUUGCAUGUAUCG